UUUGUGUUUUGUGUUGACUCUCUCUUUUCCAUGCGUGGUCGUGUAUAUAUAUAAGUUAAACUCACAUGCUUAAGAAAAGUACCUCAUGCAUCCUCUCAGCAUAAAAAUGGAGCUUAUAAAAAUAAUCACUUUUCUGAUCCUUUUCUUCUCUUCUCUACAACCAACUGUCUCUUCUUUACAAACUCAAUCACAUACAACUAUUCAGCAUCAAGGAAUAUUAAAUGCACGCCAGAAGAUUUAUCUACCAGUACUGCAUAGGAAGCUAAUAUUCACCAAAAAGGUUAAAGAAUCUGAUAAAGCUAGAGAUCUUGAAUCACACAAGAAGAAAGAUUCGCUUCCUGCAGGGAAAGAAAACAAGAAAAAGCAAAAGAUGGAAGUAGGUAAGAAAGGAACAAGACAAGAGUGGAUGGAGUCAGAAGAAGAUCCAUCACAAUACUUUACUAUGGAUUACAAUCGUGUCAAAAGACGCCGUCCUAUACACAACAAGUAAUUAAUUGCUGGUUGCUCCAUAAACCUAACAACUCUUCAAAGUUACAGUUUGGCUAAAUCUGUGUAAUAUUAGGGUUUUUUGUUUUUUUACUUAAUGUAAAGGUGUUUUCAUGUUAGGUGACAAAGAAUUCUUUUCUUUUUUUCUUUGUAAAACAAGUUGCCUUAAUUUUUGGGACUUCUCGUAAGAACAUGUUUUGAUGAUAUGAUAUUUAGUUUGACCC